CUUCAUGCAAGAAGUUCUUGUCUGGUCCAGGACACUUCUUGUAUCACGUUCAACUUCAAGCCCCUGCGCUCUGAGCCUCUGAAAGUUUAGAUACUGGUGGCACCUACGCCCUGGGCCCCAUCUUCUGAAAACAUAGAUUCUCAAAAAGUGAAGGGUUCCAGCACAACCAUACUCGAGCAGAAGAGCAAAGGACGGUCCAUCUCAAGAAAGUGCGAGUUCAGUGGAGCUGAUUGCUGAAGAACUCGCUUCUUGCACAGGGGUGACUGCGUCAUCACCUUAAUGGGCCAAGCGUCCCAGCUCCAGGGCACUCGGGGGCUGCUGCGCAACCCGCAGUAGUUGGAUAGGAGCUGGUCUUAGAGCACACGAGCUGGUCCAGAGCAUAGACGAUCGUUCCAGGAUCCAAGAAAGUCCAGCCACGGCAGCUGGGAGCCCGCUGUUGCUGAAUGGCUUGCCUUCUAGCGCUGCUACUUGCUCUCGCUGCAAUCGCAGCAACUGCUGGGGCGGCCAGCGCGCCAAACAUUUGCGUGUCUGGAAGCGUUCCUCCGUUGCUUCAGGCGCUGUAUGCCCCAGGCCUGGUCACAGUGGAUGGGAACAGCGAUGAUUGGAAGUCCAUCCCGGGCAUGCGGGUGCGCCUCCGGCAGGUGGUGGGAGGGGGCUCGUCUUAUCUGUACGGUGAUGGAGAGGCGACGAUCAAGGCGGUGCAUGAUGGAAGAGAUCUGUUCGUUCUCAUGCAAGUUACGGGCCCCUACGUCUUCAGUUCACUACAAGUCGGAUUGAAUCCCGCCAUGGCCCUCAUGUUCUCGAUUGGGGCCAACGCUACCUUUCUUGACAUGGGGGGCUGUUUGCAGGAGGCGGGCUCGUGCACCGCCGCCACGUGCAGCGGUCACGAAGUCGACAUCAUGCAGUUUCAGCCUAGGCUGGACGCCGUUCCGGGGCGGUUGUACGGGACGAACAUCCGAGACAUAGCCAUCUUCAGCGGAGACGAUCGGUACGGCCACCUGACGGACAUGUAUGCCUUCAACCCCCACUGCAAGUGGGCCGACGGCCCUAUCGCCACACCAGACUUCAACAUCGGGAGCCAUGGCUGGGGCGCGGGCGGCGCGCAGAACGACUGGCUGGGAGCCUGGCAGCACACGAGCAUGGGGAUAGUGGGUCAGAGUCCGUUCGCGUGGGGCGACCAAGUGUUCGGCGUGAACGGCAGCCUGGGUGACUACGUGUACGAGUUCUCCCGACCGCUCGUGACGCAGGACAGGCUGCAACAAGACGUGCAGCUCGCGAUAGGGAGAGUCCAACGGUUUGGGGCGGCCUUCUGGUACCCUAUAAGCGGUCAACCUUGGAACGGGUACGAGCAUUUCUUGGCCCACUGCGAUUGGAUGGACUUGGAGCUCCUCCCUGGAACCGGCGCCGGCGCGGCAGCGGUUGGCGCUACAGGGGCCACUGUGCUCGGGUCCGUAUCAGUUGUGAUGUCACUCGGCGCGGUCGUGGCCGCAGCAUAUGCCGGAUGCUUGUUACGGCGUCAUCAUGGCUUUGAGGGCCUUGCACGCUUGACAUGAUAGAAACGAUUAGAGUCAGUUCCGAUGGUUGGCAGCAUAUGUCGUCAGAUUGGUUUCUCAGCUGAGAGCCCGGGACGUUGUGCAUCUGCAACUCCUCGAGAGUUAUGUAAGCUGAACACUCUCGGCAUCAAGCUAGCAUACUUUGCCAGCACAUAACGGAGUGGCCCUUCUGAAUGCCGAUAAGAAUCGGGUAUCGUUCAUUCAGACUUGGCGCUCGCGGUGCUGCUUCGGCUGCUGAAAUCGACUUGAGCAAGUCAAGAAUAAUCUACAAAGUGAUUCCAGACUUGCGGCCGUGAGACAUGCCGGCUCAUAAAACUGCCUUUAAGAUCUAUAAUCUUGCCCCACUCCAAUUCCCCCUCCUAGC